AUGAACUCUUGUGCCAUCUUUGUUCCUGCAUCCCAACCAUAUGAUGACAUGGACAUUCCACCAGGGAUGUAUAUCUACUAUGAUGAUGUGGAUGAUCCUGUUGUCAUGGAGGGAGCAUUGGAUUCAAGGGAGACUGAAGAGGAGCUAUAUGCACAUCUGGAGAGGGAAGCACAGGACUGUGAUUUCCUUGACAUCUUUGGCAACUCAGCAGACAGGCAGGCUCUUGCAGACCUGGUGGAGGAAGAGGAUGACAAUGGUUUGCUCAGCAUGGGUCUACAGUUACACAUGGGCUGUGUCAAGUUCUUGCAGGCCCAGCAGCACUUGGUCUUCGCCCUAAUGAAGCUGAUGGGCACACGAGAACUACCCUUGGUUCAUACCCUCAAGCUAUGGGGAAAGACCUCCCUGCAAGCUGUCAGAAAUCCAGUGCGGGAGUUCACUUCUACCCAUGGCAAUCUCUACUACCUCAGCAAUCUUGUGGAUCUUAUUUCCAAAGAUAUGGCAAAUCUGAUCACACACGCAGGGAUGGAGUUCUAUCCUAUAGUUGGUAUGAGGGAACUGAAGGAGUUCUACCAUGGGUGGCUGUGGUCUCACAAGGCUUCGGACAACUGGCUGACACCUAUGAUCAAACACAAGGGUCAACACUGGUAUGUGAGCAGGACUGGUGUAGCCAAGUUCCUCACAAUGAAUGCCAUAGCAGCUGCCAACAAUGCCCUGGCAUCAUCUAUGCUGAACUGCUGGAGGGCUUUAGCCACUGGAUGA